GAGCCUACAGGAACAGGUGGGCGCUGCGUUCGCUCCCCGCCGCGGAGCCGCCGCGCCGCCGGAGCCGGGAUGUGACUUGCGGAGGGCUGGCGGACCGAACUGCCCCGCCGCCCUCGGCCGCAGCGGACAGCGGACAGAAAAAUGAAAACCUACCCAGCCAUUGGUUUCUUCCUCCUGCUGGUGAUCAGCUAUGGCUCCUCAGAGAACUCCAGCACGCCGCGGGGCUGCGGGCUGGAUCUCCUGCCCCAGUACGUGUACCUGUGUGACCUGGAUGCCAUCUGGGGCAUCGUUCUGGAGGCGGUGGCGGGGGCAGGCGUGCUGACCACGCUGCUGCUGAUGCUGAUUUUGCUGGUGAGGCUGCCCUUCAUCAAGGACAAAGAGAAGAAGAGCCCCCUGGGAAUGCACUUCCUCUUUCUCUUCGGGACUCUGGGACUGUUUGGGCUGACGUUUGCUUUCAUCAUCCAGGAAGAUGAAAUGGUGUGCUCUACCCGAAGGUUUCUCUGGGGAGUUAUCUUUGCUUUGUGCUUCUCCUGCUUGCUAGCCCAAGCCUGGAGGCUUGGCAGGCUGGUUCGCCACGGGAAGAGCCCGUCUGGCUGGCACCUGGCCGGGGUGGCCACGUGCCUGAUGCUGGUGCAGGUCAUCAUCGCGACCGAGUGGCUGAUCCUGACGGUUGUCAGAGACAACAAGCUGGCCUGCAGCUACGAACCCAUGGAUUUUGUCAUGGCUUCCAUUUACGUCAUGUUCCUGAUGGUCUUUACCAUGGGAUUUUCGUUCUUCACUCUCUGUGGGAAGUUCAAGAAGUGGAAGAAAAACGGAGUAUGCCUCAUUAUAACCCUUUUCUUUUCCAUUCUGAUUUGGGUAGCCUGGAUGACUAUGUACCUCUUCGGUAACGCCGAGCUCCAGAGAAGAGACAAAUGGAGUGAUCCCACUCUGGCCAUUGCACUGGUCUCCAGUGGCUGGGUGUUUGUUAUUUUCCAUGCCAUCCCAGAGGUCCACUGUACCAUCCUUCCAUCGCAGCAGGAAAACACACCCAAUUAUUUUGAUACUUCACAGCCGAGGAUGCGUGAAACCGCUUUUGAGGAAGAUAUACAGCUUCCUCGGAGCUACAUGGAAAAUAAAGCCUUUUCAAUGGAUGAACAUAAUGCAGCGCUCAGGACGGCGGGAUUUCGGAACGGCAGCCUGGGGAGCCGGCCCAGUGCUCCUUUCAGAAGCAAUGUGUAUCAGCCAACUGAGAUGGCAGUUGUGCUAAAUGGUGGGACUAUACCAACUGCUCCGCCAAGUUACACUGGACGACACCUCUGGUGAAAGGCUGUAGGCUGUAGAGAAUAAGAAUCCUUGUUGCAGAUGUUGUUCCCUGGCAGUGUGUCUUUGAGGGAAGGAAUCCAUAACAGUACCAGACAAAGCAACAAAACAUCCAGGAUCUUUCUAAAUCCUGCAGAGGAUUUUGCCUAAAUGUGAACAACAUUGAAUGGAGAAUUGCAAAAACAAAAUUGUAAAACUGAAGCUAAAUCUAAUUUAAAACAGAAGUAGGCACACCUUAAUUGGCAGAGGAGAUGUAUUCUGAAGUGUAAGAUAUUCUCUUGUCUGUAACUUGUGUGCUAGACAAGCCUGGUUUUGGUGGUUGCCAGUUGCUUGCAAAAUACCUUCCUCUCACCUAAACUUAACUCGUGUUGCCACAAGAGAUUGCCACUACAGCGCGAAAACACGCGGGAUUUCUUUCCAUUUUCCUCCUUUCCCUGUCAUUUCCAACGUCAUGAGAAAUCCCUGGUUUGCUCCCUCCCUAGCUGUGCUGUGCAGUCACAGCACCGUGUGUAGGCAGACUCGGUCCCCGUGGCUCUGUGGCUCUGCAGGCUGAUGCUCUGCUCUCAGGAGCUCUGCAGGCUGAUGCUCUGCUCUCUCAGGAGCUCUGCAGGCUGAUGCUCUGCUCUCAGGAGCUCUGCAGGCUGAUGCUCUGCUCUCUGGGGAGCUCUGCAGGCUGAUGCUCUGCUCCCAGGAGCUCUGCAGGCUGAUGCUCUGCUCUCUCAGGAGCUCUGCAGGCUGAUGCUCUGCUCUCUCAGGAGCUCUGCUCGUUAGCAGCUGGCCCGGGAGGGGCAGUUCUGGAGCUCUGUGCACGUUUCGUGCGCCUUGCGGAGCCUGUCGGGCGCGGGCGGCUCUCCCGGCCCGAGGGAUGGGUUCCCAGCCCCGCAGCCGUUCCCGGGGCGCUGCUGUGGCCGGGGCCCUGCGAGCCCCGAGCCCCGCUCCCCUCGACUGCGGGUGUUCGUGCGUUAAAUGUGGUUGUGCAUUUUAGUGCCUAGAGAGUAGAAUCUCUGUGCUGGAGGUGGUUUGUUGUUGUUUUUGUUUAUUUAAGGUGGUUUCUUCCCUAGUCCUCCCCAUCCAUUUUCUUGAGUUGAUAUAAGGCAGAGUUUUCAAGGCUUUUCAUCUUCGUUCUCUCCAGGUUAUUUAAACGGUUCCCAUUGCCCAUUUGUUGUGCCAUGGUUUUUCAUUAUGUUCAAGCAAUCAUUCCUUUCUUUAACAUUUAAUACAUAUCGGACAUUGAAAACAUCACUGUAUCCUCACUGUUUGGCCAAUGUUAAUCUUAGCUUUCCUCAAUACUAAAAGCUAAUUGUUUUUACUUGAAGGCAUAGGAAACAUAUAACAAUUAAACUUUGCAUAUGCUGUAAUAAAAAUAUAUAUUUUCAAACUAAAAAAAAAAGUACAAAUAACUGGAUAGCUUAGUAGCUUCACAGAGAGAAGUUACUUGCUGUAUACUGCAGAAGAAAGACAAGCUUUUUAUUUUUCAAGAGUCUUCCUGAUUCCUCAUGUACCUCCAUUUCUACUGAAUUAGGAGCCUAGUCCUGCAGACUUGUAGUCCCACGAGUAGUCCCACCAACACCAGUAGGUCUGCAUAAGGUACAGAGGCUGCAAGACCAGUCCCUGAGUGUUGCACACAGAUAUAUGUAUAUAUAUAUAUGGAAAAAUAUCUAUUGCCAUUCUUGCCAUGAUCAUCUUAUGGGGUUUUAUUUCAAAGCCCUUCUCCUCCAGAAGCAAUGUUUUUCUGUCAUGCAUGAGUGAAGGAGUAUGUCAGCUCCCCCCUGCCCUCCCCUCCUCGAGGCAAAGGAAGCAUGUGCUUGUUUUAGGGAUCCUUUAUUUCAUUUUGUAUGUAACUAGAUGGCCUUAGUAACCAAGUAGGGUAGGGGUGGAUAUUGCAUGCUAUCCAGUGACUUAGAAAUACAUUUUGCUUGUUAUGAGCAGAGCUUUGAUCAAAUAAGAGAAUAUUUAAGAUAAUGAUUGCCACCCAGAAGACAUGUAAUUUGGAACAAUUAAAAAACUAUUACCAUCACUUGCCUGCAGAAUUUUGCUUUUAAAAAUCAGUUAGAAAAAAAUCCCUCAUAAAACUCUUAUCAUAAAAACAUAUAAGAUGACCAUGGCAUAAAUGGUAGGACAGGUUUCUUUUAAAAAGUUUAUCAUGCUACAACCAAGACUUAUGAAUUAUAAUACAUAUUUUACAGACCUUUGACAAAAACUAUACAAGACAUAGUUAUCUUAAGAAAUUUUCUUUCUCUUUUUCUAGAUGUGACUGAAUUGAUAAAUUAAGUUCCCAAUCCUGCUUCUGAUGAAGUUGUUUGGGAUUUCAGGGCUUAUGCAAAGAUAUGGCCAGAUCUUACAAACUGCAAUUCACAUGACUAGUCUCACUGGGUUAUUCAUGUGGACUAUUCACUGAAUAGAAAAUUAGCAGGAUUGGGUUUAAUGUGUGGUGAUGAAAGUGUGGCAAUAGAUUUAGGAGGGUCUUUAUUUUCCAACUUUUUACAAUUAGUAAUGAGCAACUUUUUUUUUGUAAGUCACUAGUCUGUGAUGUGAAAUGCCCCAAAAUAAAACUGUAAUUGAAGAAAGGCACCUUUAUGUUAACUUAUAUUUUUGUUACAGUAUUUACUUUUGCCUUUUUUGAAAGUUUUCUAGAAUGUAGAGCAUCUGUGAACAACAUGAAUAAGUAACUAAGCACAAGCCUUUCACAGUUCUCCUGAUUAUAAUUAGCUUUUAUACUAUAAAAGCUACUAUGUUGUCCCUUGAAGGUAAUGUGCUCAUGGUGUUUCCAUGCAGAAAAAUGAAAUCAAAAAGCAUCUGACAAAAGCAUCUAUUAGCAAAACAAGAUUUAAAAUGACCAGCUUUUGAUCAAUGGCAGGAAAAGAGUUCAAAGUCCUACAGAUCCUGUCCAGCAUUCAGAUGGGUUGAGGGUGUUUGACACUUGCCAGAAAAUAUGUAGCAUUUUCAGAAGAACACUCUCAAUACAUCCAGCUGCUUCUAUAAACAAGGUACAUGAAAUACUAUGGAAUUAGCUGUUUCUGCUUUUAGUGUAAACACAGGCAUCUUGGUUGGCUUCGUCUGAGCUCGAUGCCUUGGGUCUAACCAAAGGCCAUACAAAAGGGAGCAUUGUAGCUUUUAUAACAAAACAAUUGGAUUAUUCUACCAACUUACAGGAUUACAAAGCAGGUGCUUUUUAUUAAUUGAUGAGAGCUGAAGCUCGUUUUUGAUAGAUGAUAUAUAUUUAUUAAAUGUAUUAACGUGUGUUUUAUAACGUACCCUUUUUUCCGCUGACUGUUGCAUACUGGUAUCUUACUGAGUACAUCUUUAAAGGAUUUUCAAGACAAUCAAUGUGUACCAUGAUGACUGUACAUAAGUAUACGAAACUACAAAGGUUGUAAAGCAUGGGCAAAUGUUUUAUUUUCAAAAUGCUGUUCUUAACGAGAAUAAAGGCUUUACUAUUUACUUACAA